GCAGAGAACUUAACGUCUAUUGGUUCGAAAAAUCAUGCAGGUCGAGAAUGUACCCAAGAAUCCUUCGAGUGAGCAGCCGAAUUUGAAAACGGAGCAAGCGAUGGAAGAAGAAGCGAAAGAUGCUGGCAAAAAGGAAUCAACAUACAAGAGACCCAAAUACUACAUUAGGGAGGAACCCUACUUUCCACUCCACAAGUGUGGAGAAAUCAUAUCUUGCACUUAUUGUGGUGCUAAUAUCACAGACACAAUCCAAUUCCGAUGCAACGAGUGUCCGAACAUUCUCUGUAAGAAGUGUAUCAUGUCGCGCCAAGAAAAGAACGGACAUUUGGCAUCGCACGGAUAUCACGUCAGCGAAUGCUUGGAAAGCAUGCCCUUAUACGCCCUGGACUGGUCUGCGAAAGACGAGCUCCGCUUAAUGGAGGCCAUGGACGAGUUCCGAUUCUGCAAUUGGGAAAACAUCUCCAACUACGUCGACAAACCCGAACGCGCCUGCGUCGAACACAUCCACGCGCUGCGCGCGGCGAACCCGCAGAGCGCCAUCCGCGAAAUGUUCGGGUUUUGCUUCAUCGAGGGCGGGGGUUUCAUGACGCUGGGCGGCAUGGACGCCGCCGCGCCGCUUCGCCCGCUCUGCUGGACGCAUUUCUCCUCCAUGGAGCGGUACUUCCGCGUGUUCACCGCGGGGAUUUUCAUCGGCUCCCAGAGGGCGUUUCGCGAUCUCGGAAAGUGGAAUUCGUAG